AUAGGCCAACAGUGUGCAUGAACAUCUAUAUUAAAUCUUAUCUGAUGUGAAUGGGCUUUGCAAAACAAUGAUAUAACCCUAAUGAGAUGCUUCUUUCUUAACGACGCCCCCUUCAGGCUCAAGGAGAGAUUGCACUUUUAAACGCGUGCCAAGAAAUUGUUUGUUAUAGAUCAAGGUCCGAGCCCAGACGGGAGUAGCUGUUGUGCACCUCAACAGUCGUAGUAGUGAGCCCUCCCCGCGGCGAAAUCCAGUUUCUUGUUGCAGGCUGCAGAGGCGCGCGAAGCGGCCGAGAGUUCUCCGACUGGGCGCGGUGUUUUCUUCAUCCACAGCUUUCCAUUCACCAUGAUGCCUAAAUUUGCACUAUCUUCCCAAUCUCUUCGCAAUCUUUCACCCCUUUCCAAGAAUCUAAAAUUCUUCUGGAGGCAGUGGACUCGUCAUCCCGCCGCGCUUCCUGCAGCGAGUCGAUGCAUUCACGUUGACAGCCCACCCCUCAUUCCAACCCUAACGACCAGUUAUGCCCACGGGACGUCAAGUGUUUCUCUUUUACAUGCAACUAUCCCAGAGCUCCUGCUGAGCACAGUGGAGCGGGUGCCAGACCGAGAGGCCGUGAUUUUUCUCAAGGAUGGUAUCAGAAAAACCUUUGCACAGUUUCAAGAAGAUGUAGACCAGGCUGCAGCGGGUCUGCUCGCCAUCGGGCUCAAGAAGGGAGACCGCCUGGGCAUGUGGGGACCCAAUCUUUAUGAAUGGGUGCUGUUCCAGUUUGCCACGGCAAAAGCUGGCAUCAUACUGGUGUCUGUGAACCCAGCGUACCAGGUCAAAGAGGUGGAAUACGCCUUGAAGAAGGUCAACUGUAAUGCUGUAGUUUGCCCCACUCAGUUUGCCACUCAAAAGUACUGUGGGAUGCUCCGAGAGAUCUGCCCUGAAUUAGACACCUGUGCCCCUGGAGCCCUCAAGAGUAAACGGUUGCCAGAUCUGCAGUCAGUGAUAGUCCUGGACAGUCGCCAGCCGGGCAUGUUUCAUUUUGAUGACAUCAUGCAGGCGGGAGACAGCAGACAUAAACAGGAGCUCCAGGACCUUCAGAAGAAACUCUGCUUUGACGACCCCAUUAAUAUCCAGUUCACAUCGGGCACAACUGGAUUUCCCAAGGGUGCCACUUUGUCACACCACAACAUCAUAAAUGAUGCUUAUUAUGUCGGCCGGCGGUUUGGAUACCACUGGAAGCCCCACACUCGGAUCUGCCUCCCUGUGCCACUGUACCACUGUUUCGGCUCAGUGGGGGGUGGGAUGUGUGUGGCUGUACAUGGGACGACUCUUGUGUUUCCAUCUCCUGGGUAUAAUUCAAAGGCCAAUCUAGCAGCAAUGGAGAGUGAAAGAUGUACUAUUAUCUAUGGGACACCCACUAUGUACGUGGACAUGGUCAACCAGCCGGACGUCCAUAAAUAUGACCUGUCAUCAGUGGAAGAUGGGAUCAUGGCUGGCUCUCCAUGUCCUCCAGAACUAGUGAAAAAAGUGAUAUCUGUAAUGGGCGUAAAAGGAAUGACCAUUGGCUAUGGCACCACAGAAAACAGCCCAGUGACAUUUUGUGGAACUCCUUUUGACAGCAUGGAGAGAAAGUGUGAUACCGUAGGGUACAUCAUUGAUCAUAUUGAGGCUAAAAUAGUGAACCCCAGUACAGGGCAGAUAGUGCCUCUGGGGGAGCUGGGGGAGGUCAUGGUCAGGGGCUUCUGUGUGAUGCUGGGUUACUGGGGUGAUGAGGCCAAAACUGAAGAGACCAUCACCAAAGAGGGCUGGUACAAAACUGGGGACAUUGGCAAAAUGGAUGCAUACAGCUACCUGAAAAUUGAAGGCAGAAUGAAAGACAUGAUCAUCAGAGGAGGAGAGAAUAUUUAUCCUGCUGAGAUUGAGCAGUUUCUUCACACACACCCAAAAGUCAAAGAGGCUCAGGUGGUUGGAGUGAAGGACGAGCGAAUGGGUGAGGAGGUCUGUGCUUGUAUAAAGGUUGUUGAUGGACAGGAAUGCACAAAAGAAGAAAUCAAAGCUUUCUGUAAAAAUAAUAUUGCUCACUUUAAAAUUCCUCGCUACAUUCUUUUUGUCACAAGCUACCCCCUUACCGUUACUGGGAAGAUCCAGAAAAUUGAACUACGCAAGAUGGCAGAAGAAGAACUCGGACUGAAGUGACAUCUGUUAUGAUUCUUUUACAUUAAAUAUUCUCAAACA